AUGAACGGCUUCCACGAACCAUUAUUCACUUUCCAGGAUCAUCCGGUCGACCAAGGACGGCCAAUCCGGGUUGUUAUUAUUGGUGCUGGUCUCUCGGGAAUAGCACUGUAUAUCCGACUAUUGCAAUAUGUUCCCAGCGCAAGUAUUACCAUCUUUGAGAAGAAUCCUUGCGUUGGUGGAACUUGGUAUGAAAACCGCUACCCUGGAGUAGCGUGUGAUAUCCCCAGCCAUGUGUACCAGUAUACUUUCGAACCAAAUAAAGAAUGGUCGAAAUUUUUUGCGCCUGGCGCAGAGAUCCUGAACUAUGUGCAAGGCGUUGCAAAGAAGUACGGUGUGGAUCAAAAGGUGAAAUAUAACACUGCGGUCACUCGAGUGGAGUGGAGCGAGAGCCAAGGCGUCUGGACUGUCACUGCAAACCAUUCAGAAAAUGGAUCGACCUCCAAAAUUGAAACCAAAGCCGAAGUGCUGAUCAGUGCCGUUGGAUUUCUCAACAACUGGAAGUGGCCGAGCGUGGAGGGCCUGCUUGACUUUGAAGGAAAACUGCUUCACUCAGCGAACUGGGAUGCCAGCUGGGACUAUACUGGCAAGAAGAUUGCACUUCUGGGGUGUGGCUCUUCCGCGAUCCAGAUUUUGCCUCAUCUUGAGAAAAAGUGUCCCGUUGUGUAUAACUUUAUUCGCAGUGGAACAUGGAUCAGUCAGCCAUUUGGGUCCAGGUUCACUGAUGAUAUCCUUUCUGGAAGCAAAGAGCCAGGAAACUAUUCCUACACCCCUGCGGAGAUUGAGAGAUUCAAGUCUGACCCUGAAUAUUAUCAAAAAUUCCGCAAGGAUAUGGAAAGCUCGAUCAACGGUGACUAUCCGUGCCUCUUCCCUGGAACCGAAGAAGAAAAGCAAGGAACGCAAAAAAUCCAGAAUAUCAUGAAGACCAAAUUGGCUUCCAAACCCGGUCUCUACGAGGCUCUCGAGCCGAACUUCGUUCCCGGCUGCCGCAGACUGACACCCGGCCCGGGAUAUCUCGAGGCUCUUGUCAAUGACAAUGUGCAGUUAAUUAAGAGCCCCAUUACGAAGGUAGUCAGAAAUGGUGUUGUGACUGCUGAUGGAAAGGUGUGGGAAGUGGAUGGCAUCGCUUGCGCGACAGGAUUUGACGCCAGCCAUAUGCCCCGUUUCCCUGUCAUUGGACGGAAUGGCGUCUCUCUCAGCACGGCAUGGAAGGACCAUGCCAGUGCCUAUCUCUCCCACUCUGUUCGGGGGUUCCCCAACUACUUCAUCGUCGGUGGGCCGAAUUCUGCCACGGGAGGUGGUUCCUUGCUUUUGAUCCUGGAGUCGGUGAUCGGUUACAUCAUCAAGGCUGUCCAGAAGAUUAGCCGGGAACAUAUCAUGGCUAUGGAAGUCAAGCAAUCUGCUCUCGACUCAUGGUCUACAUACCUCGAUAACUAUUUCCCUCGUACGGUCCAUGUCGAUCGCUGCUCUAGUUGGUAUAAAAUCAACGGAAAGAUCAUCGGGCUGUACCCGGGCAGCAGCUUGCACGCCAUGAAAACCAUGGAGCAUCCAAGAUGGGAAGACUAUGAAUACUCAAAUAUCGGAAGCCAUGACGCCAUGGAGUGGCUGGGUAACGGCUGGACACGAGAAGAUGUCAAGCGGGGAAACCUAGGUCAAUACUUGGACAGAGUUGAUAUCCCACCUAUUCCAACCGAGGAAACCCUUGCACGACAGCCAUAG